UGGUCGGUUGUCGAAAAGUAAACGUUUAGAACAAAGGAUAUGUAAAGCAGCCUUUUAAGUUCACUUUUGAUAAGAAAAAGUAACAAAUAUUUUUUGGGUGUGGUAACAUAUAAAUAGACAUAAAUUCGUCUUUUAAAUCAUUGCAAAAAUCAGUAGCAACUAAAUAACAUGUUUAUCCAAUCGGCUGUAUUAGCUUGCGCUUUGGCUAUUGCCUCUGCAGCAUGGAACGGCCCGUUAGCUGGGGGACAACCUGCUUCUUCAAUCCCCGCAGGAAUUAGCCCCGAAGCUUGUCCAAAUUACCCAGAUUGUUCAAAUCCUAAUGUUGCUAUUGAACCUAACACCCCAGUAAAAGGAUAUAAUCAACAAUACCAACAACCACAAUAUAAUCAACCGCAAUAUCAACCACCUCAACAAUAUCAACCUCAACACCAACCUCAAUAUCAACCUCAACAACAACCUCAAUAUCAACCACAAUAUAAUCAAGUUAAUCAAGGUAACGAAAAAGCUUUGUUAAGUGGGGAAUAUACUGGAGAUGGUGAUUAUCGUGGUGAAGGUUUAGCAGAAUCUGGUGCUUUUGGCCCAGUUGAUAAUCCACAAGCCUACGAUCAACAUAGUUCUCACCAAGGGCGAGCUAUUCAACCAAGUCAAGGUUAUCAUCACGCUCCAGUUCAACAACAUCAACCUGCCGCGCAAGUUCCAGCUGGAGUAGAUCCUCAUUCUUGCCCUAACUAUCCUUAUUGUAGUUAAAUAUGUAUGUGUGAUACUGUGAAAAGACAAAUAUAAAAAUUUAAAUUUAA